CGUGGCCGCCACCUGUCACACACAUCUGGUGCAUUAGCCGUAUAAUAUUGUACCGUGUACAGCGCCCGUUACCGAGUGCUGCUAGCAGUACCCGAGUAGCAGUUAUCGCCAACAGGUGUUUUUCUAAUUUUCUCUUUUGCCGGACGUUUCUCUCGCGUCGAGCAACUCGCAUUUCGCACCGCAACUCGUUCCAACCGCUACACAACCGGUCCGGGAGGUUUGGAUUUGGAUUUUCGCAAGGCAGCGAACCUGUGGCCUAACACACAUCGAUCCGCGUCCGCACCGCACGAAACGUCAUGUCGUCCCACGACGCCAACAACGACUUGGAGCCUCAGCAGGUGGCCGAGCCCACCGUCCGGCUAUGCGUGUUGCGCACCUGGCCCGAGCACUUUGACGGGUACGGGUUCAACCUGCACGCCGAAAAGUCGAAAACGUCCGCGUCGUCACCCAACGGCGGUCUGCCGUUCUCCGGCGGGCAGUUCGUCGGCAAGGUGGACCGGGGCAGCCCGGCCGAGAGCGCCGGUCUCCGAGAGGGCGACAGGAUCGUGCAGGUGGACGGUGUGGACAUCGACGGCGAGACGCACUCCAAGGUAGUCAGCCGCAUCAAGAAGGGCUCGGUGACGGCCGACGGCGACGCGGACGACUCGGUCAGCCGCUGUUCGCUGCUGGUGGUCGACCGCCGGGCCGACACGUUCUACAGGGAGAAGGGCAUCAGGGUGCACGCCGACAUGGGGCUGCAGGUGCUGGUGUUGCGCACGCCCGAGGAGCCGACACCCGAAUGUCUCGCGCUCCAGCCGCAGAACGCGCCGAGCCCGAAGACCGCGACCACGGCAGUCGCCGACCAUGUAGUAGACUCAAAACAACAGGCGAACAACAGCGACGACACUGCAAAGCCCGCAAACUCUACGACUUCGUCCAACACUACUACGACGUUAAAUCUGAACAUGACGGCUGCUGAGCUGCGCCGGCGAUUGGCCGAACGCAAGAAGCAAGACUCGCGACGCGCCGGUGGUACUGGAGACGGAUCGUUAGAUUUCCGUAAAAAGUACGAAAUUGUCGACAAGUUGUGAAAACGAAAAUAUUGUGAAUCUUUUUACACACACACACACACACACACACACACACACACGCCCAUACAUACAUACACGCAUUUUUAAAUACACGCGCCCUAAGUUAUAGUGAAUUUUAGGAUAAUAUAACUAUACAUAAUGAUAUAUUAUCAUAGUGUGUUAAGUGAGUUUAAUGAUUAAGUAUUUUAAAAAAAAAUUGUAUACUUUAGCGUUUAGUUUUUAUCGUCGUCCGUCCGAAAGUCUAUAUAAGGUUAUACAGGGUACGUCUAUUAUAUAUAUACCUAUAUAGCCGCGCAUGCGAAUUUAUCGCCGUAAUGCCGUUGUAUAUUUUUUUUUUCGGUUUUAAAUAUCUGUGCAAUUUAAAUUAGACAUCAAAAACGUAUUUCAUAUUUUUAUAUUAUAUAUUAUGUGCGUGUAUGAAUGUGUACUAGUAGUGCGACUAUCUUCGUCGUUUUCUGAUGUUUUCGAUUUGUUAAAUGAGAAGAAAGCGUAAAUAUGGUACACACGCAAACACGCACAUAGAACAUUAUAUGUAUACACUCAAGUACUGCGUGUCAUAACAAACAAAAUAUUCUCUACUAAUUAUUAUUAAUUUAGAGGUUAGUAAAUAAUCUCGCGACGUACAUAUAACAUAGUCGUGCAGAUCUUUAAAUAAAGAUAAUAUUUUAGGUGAUUUAAUAACUCGUAAGUACUAGGUAGGUCCCUAUGCAUAUUAUAAUAAACUAUUAUUCUACACAAUAUAUUGUCAUUUAUCAUUAUAAAAUAUGAUUCAUAUAGAGUACUUAAUUAUUAUUUACAUUUAUAAAAACCAUAUUGCUCCAAAAGAAAUA